AGAGAACAGAUUCGGUGUCUGAGGUGGGAGGUUUUACAUGAGAGACUCGAGGAGAUGGGUACACUGCAUUGAUAUCUUCCACGUUGUGCGCGAAAACCACACGAUCCCUCCCAGAUAUUACGCAGUCUAUUUAAACGCAACAUCCACACACCCAUUCCAUCACUCACCACUUUGGUCGUCUCACCUGUACUCGCGGUGUUCAGGAGAGGAAUCCAGUGAUGGAUCAGGACAAGUACCUGCCAGAGCUCGUUGCCGAGAAGGAGAGCUUGGACCCGUCGUUCGUCCACGCGAUGCGCCUUCUCGCUGAAGAGAUUGAAAAGUUUGAAGGAGACGAGUUGAGAAAAGAUGGCGAGGUGAAGAAAUACUUGGAUAUCAUCAGCAACAAAAACAUCAAACUGUCGGAGCGCGUGCUGAUCCCGGUGCAGCAGUAUCCUAAGUUUAAUUUUGUUGGGAAACUGCUGGGGCCCAGGGGCAAUUCCAUGAAAAGAUUACAAGAGGAAACGGGAGCAAAGAUGUCCAUCCUCGGCAAGGGUUCAAUGAGGGAUAAAGGCAAGGAGGAAGAGCUGAGGAAAAGUGGAGAGGCGAAAUAUGCCCAUUUGAGCAACGAUCUUCAUGUUUUAAUUGAAGUUUUCGCACCACCUGGAGAAGCCUAUUCCCGCAUGAGCCAUGCCCUGGAGGAGAUUAAGAAAUUCCUUGUUCCAGAUUACAAUGAUGAGAUCAGGCAGGAGCAACUUCGUGAGCUCUCCUACUUGAAUGGCUCAGAUGACCCAAGCCGAGGAAGAACUGCACGAGGACGAGGCUUACGUCUGACCUCCACAGCCUCCACCCGAGGUCGAGGGGGGGCAGCUGCACCCCCUCCACCUGGACGAGGAGCAGCAGCACCCAGAGGAACUGUGGGAACACGCACCUCCGUCCCAACACCCACACUAGCUAGGGGAGUGUCUGCACCCCGGGCCAGAGGAACUACAGGGACCCCUGGAUACAGAGCCCCGCUACUGCAGGCCAAGCACAAAUCAUAUGAUGACUACGGAUAUGAUGAUGGUUAUGAUGGGGAAUAUGAUGACCAGAGUUAUGAGGGCUAUGAUGACAACUACAGCAACCAGUCAAAAAGUGUCUCAGAAUAUUAUGAAUAUGGACACGGUAAUAAUGAUGAAGCCUACAAUAAUUAUGCAGAAGAGGACUGGAUAUCAUCGCGGCCCAACCUCAAAGCUCCAGCAUCAAGACUUACUCGAGGGGGCUACAGAGAUCACCCCUAUGGUACCAGUCUCUCUGUGAGCUGAGAUGCAGUGGAUUGAGUCAGACUGGGCCCUCUGCAGUCGAUAUGUGGAGCAUACUGAUAAAAACCAAUCAGUGAGGGGCUCUGUCUCAUUUGGCUGAGGAAGUGCUUAUAAACAGUCUGUGCACAGACGCUGGAUGCCAGUGUUGCACUUCUCAUUUCCAUGGAUCUGAAUAGAGCUGAUCUUGACUGAACAUCACUGCAGGGCACAGAUGACCACUGCGUAUCAAUCUUGUUGAAAUGAAAUCUGAACAGCGUCUUAUGAGAUGGGCCUCACCCUGGAUUGGCUCAUUCAGACCACGUAGAAGGACAAAAAAGGACAUAAUUGGAUUAAAUGGCUGUUGAAGAUGGAGUAUAUUUUGUCUAAGUACGUCAUCUACGCUAUGUCACCUCAGUGACAGCUAAAUGAGAAGGUUUAACAUGGUGCAUUAAAUCUUGAUAGAUAUGCAACCACUUACAGCUAAAUACUUAUAAAUAUCUUCAUGCAACACAAACAGUUUUCUUGUAUUUUGGGGGCUAUAGAAGCAGCUUGUUUCUGUAUUCUGCCACAGUGUCAUCUGUGAGCAUAUGACUCAGUUUGCUCUUUGUAUGUCAUUACUAGCAGUGUUGAAAUACAGCACAUAUUACUCAUCAGAACCUGUGCUUUCAAAGCCUGAGGCUUCAAAAAAUAUUUAACAGUUAGACAAUACAUACAGUAAGUGAAUUUCACACAAAGGCUCAUCUUCAUUGAAAUAUUGUAUGUAAUCAAAAUCCAGUACAUAAAUCUACACAUAUUCUCAUUAAUGCUUUGAGUUCCUCAGCUGAAUGUGUUUUGAGCUUUUUCUCCUUGCAGUGGAAAUUUCAAAACAUCCAAUCAUGUUUUUUUUUCAAGUGGCAUUUUAACACCGUCUAAGUGCCCUUGAGGUUAUCAACACAGCUCAGACCGAAUUUUAAAAUUAAAUUUCCUUAUGACUGUACAAAUGAAACAGCAUCAUUCUGGAGAAUGUGAAAAGCUUGUAGGAUUAAAUGCAUAUACCUCAAAGCAAUCCAUAGUUUGUACAGAAUGGUUUGUCAAAUAGGAGUUUGCACACAUCUCGACUACAACAGUAAAGAUAACAUUUAAACACAUUUUUUUCUAGUCAUAAAUAAGUUUUAUCUCUGAAACCAGUAUGAAACCAGUUUACUGCCAGUUUCACUCAGCAGUAUUCAGCAAAUCUACCAGGUCUCUCUGUUAUUAUCUAUGUGGUACAGGGAAUAAAGGAAAUGCUUUUAUUUAUUUAUUUUCAAUAGUGAGAAAUGUGAACUCACCCACAAUCAAAUUAAAAUACUCUUCAUCGUAAUGCUCCAGUGAAAGUACAUGUCCUAUAAAAAAGUGAAUUCUCUCAUGCAUUGCAAUACAUAGAAGUACCACUGAUAAAAUCAUGACCAGCAACACGGUUUUAUACUUAACAGUACAUAAUAAAGCUUUGAAACACACCUUUGCAUGAAGUCUUAUAGUGUUUAUUUCAGUUCUAGACGUGUGCUGAGAUCUUUAGACUUGAGUAAUUGUUCCCAUCAUGCAGUGUUCUGUUUCAACUCUAAUCAAACACACCUGAACCCCAUCAGGGUCUAUAGGUUCACAUGGAAAUCACUGGCAGAUGCUCUGGAACAAUAGGCUAAGUAACAAUAACAGUAGUUUAAAAUAUACUCCUCAUCCAAAGUUGAAUAUUGGAAAAUGUAUGCUGGUUUGUCCUGUAUGUAUUCUUCAUGUGACAGUUUCGGUUGUUGAAUAUUGUUAUAUUUAUACAGAGUGUUUUCAAUACUCACAAGUGGAGUGCACUUCAGAAUAGUGAUGUUAUCAUGCAUAGAUAUGGAAGAAUGCUAUAGCAGACAAUAAUUUAUUAUAGAAAAACUGGGAAAGAGACUACUGGACAAAAAUACAAUGCUAGAAUUUUUUAUUCUGUGAAAAUACUGAAUACUUGUGCGAUUAAACCUAGGAAUCUGAUGCUGGAUAUUUGAAACAUUGCAUCAUUUCAUAUAAUGCAUCUUCUAUUAGUUGAGAACAUAUUUUACAGGAAUGACAGGGCAAGAGAGCGUAAAGUGUAAGCCUGUCUGACAGGACUAGCUUUCUCACACAAAUGCCUGCAAACACUGUGAGCUUGAGUGUACCAUCAUUAAAGUGUGCAGCAGACCCUGGUGUGACUUUCUCUGACGUUAAUAAAUGGUGUGCAGUGCAGUGCCAAGCACAAGCAUGUCCCUUCAUUAGGCAGCUAGGCCCACCGCUGACAUAAGGGCCAGAUGUCACAGGGGCUCUUUCCUGCACCAAUCUGUCCCCAGCAGCAGAGAUGAGGACAAAAUACAAAGCCCCUGUCUUGCGCCGCAUCUGAGGGCCGUCUCUGUGACAGUGAAUAAGCGUGUCUGAUGUCUGGCAUCUGGCAAGUUGGAGCUAACGCAUGGAAAAGGCUGCAGUGGAGCUCUGAGAGGUGCUCUGUCAACUGCAAUGUUCAGGGAUUUUCAUCAUGUCUGUAUUAUUACCGCAAGGAGGGAAAUCUGUGUCUG